CCCCGAUUUGCCCCGCCUCCGGGUUGCCCCGCCUCUUCCCUUCGUUCCCCUCGCAGUUUCCUGCAGACCCGGAAGCGGUUAUCGCGGAGCGAAGGUCGCCCUACCGGAGCGUGAGUUUCAUCUUUCUUGUUUAAACCUGCGCUUUGCGGUACGCUGUCCUGCAUACCUGGGUCUGAGGGCUGACUUCCAAAGUCUCACGAUGCCUGAGGAAAAAACCCAGACGAGGAGGAAGAGGAAGGAACAGGUAAUGGCUCUUUCUCAGGGACAGUUGACAUUCAAAGAUGUGGCCAUUGAAUUCACUCCUGAGGAGUGGGAAUGCCUGGACCUUCCUCAGAGGGCCUUGUACAGAGAAGUGAUGGUGGAGACCCUCAGAAACCUGCUGUCUGUGGAUACCUCUCCUAAACGUGUGUUGAAGGGAUCAGCACCAAAACAAAGUGGUCACACAGGAGGGAUCCUGCAAACAAUGUUGUCAGAAAGACACAAAAGCCAUGACACCAAGGACCAUGGCUGCCGGAAAAUCCAGAAAAACGUGUACCCGCAGGAAAGUGACAAAAGUAAUCAGAAGGGCGUGCCUGCCACCCAUCCAAAAAAUCUCACUUGUCGAAGAGACGAAGGAAAUGAGCCAAUUGAAAGCAGGCUGGCACUAAGCUUUCCAUCAUAUCUGACUGGACUGCCUGUCUUCCCAGCCGAAGGGCAGUUUUAUGUGUAUCAUCAGGUUGAGAAGGCUGACAACACAGGAGCCUCCUUUUCAGUACUUCCAAAAAUUGUUCCUCCUGUCCAAAUCAACGUUUCUAAUGGAUAUGGGAUCAGUUUCUGGCAUUCUCCACUACUCAUACAAGACCAAAAAGCACACGUUCGAGAAGACCCUUAUAGACGCGACCAGGAUGACAAAGCAGUUCAUGACGGCUCGCAGAACCCCAGCCAUCAGAUGACCCAUGGAGGGGUGAGGCCUCACAUGUGUAACCUGUGUGGCAAAGCCUUUCAUCAGAACUCGCAUCUCACUCGACAUCAAAGAAUCCACACGAGAGGGAAGCAUCACAAGUGUGAAGAGUGUGGUAAGGGCUUCAGUUACAGUUCACACCUUGUACGCCACCGCAGAAUCCACACCGGAGAGAGACCUUACCAGUGCAACGAGUGUGACAAAGCCUUCAGUGUGCUUUCAAGUCUUAUUUAUCACCAGGUCGUCCACACUAGAGAGAAACCUUACAAAUGUAACGAAUGCGACAAAGUCUUCAGUCAGAGUUCAAGCCUUACCAAUCAUCGCAGAAUCCAUACCGGAGAGAAACCCUACAAAUGUGAUCAGUGUGGCAAAGCCUUUAACCAGAGCUCGCAUCUCACCAGACAUCAGGUCAUGCACACUGGAGAGAAGCCUUACAAGUGUGAUGAGUGUGGCAAGGUUUUCACUCAGAACUCCAGCCUCGUAAGUCACCGGAGAAUUCACACUGGGGAGAAACCCUACCAGUGUAAUGAGUGUGGCAAGGCAUUUGGUGUGUAUUCGAGUCUGACUUAUCAUCAGGUAACCCACACUAGAGAGAAACCUUACAAAUGUAAUGAAUGUGGCAAGGUCUUCAGUCAGAGUUCAAGCCUUCCCAGUCAUCGCAGAAUUCAUACCGGAGAGAAACCCUACAAAUGUGAUCAGUGUGGCAAAUCCUUUAUUCACUGUUCAAACUUCAAUAGACAUAAGAAAAUCCACACUGGAGAGAAACCUUACAAAUGUGACGAGUGUGGCAAGGUCUUCACUCAAAACUCAAGCCUCGUGAGUCAUCGGAGAAUUCAUGCUAGGGAGUAGCCUGACCAAUGUGAUGAGCGUCACAAAGUGCUUAUUGUAAGUUCUAGCAUAAAUUGACACCAGAGAGUCCAUACUAAAGAGAAAUUAUAUCAAUAUAACAUAUAGGACAGAGGACUUAUACAGAUUCAUAGCUCACUAGACAUCCAGAAUCAUACACCUUUGAUGAAGCCACAAAAAUGUAAUGUGUGUAUAAAAAUCAAAAUUAAAGAACAUCAUGACAUUCCUACUGGAGAGCAGCCUUACAAAUGGAAUGAAUAUGGGAAGGUUUCUUAUUAAGCAUUUAUGCCUUUGAUGUCCUGAGAGUAUUUAAACUAGGGAGAAACCAGACAGACUUACUGAGUGUGGAAAGGCCUUUCAGCAACAGUAUCCCAUCAGAAUUCACCAAAGAAUUCAUUAAUGGACAGAAACCUUAUAAACAUAAUGAAUAUUUUAAAUUUCUUCAUGACUUUUCAUAACAAUCUGCCUCAGAGCAUUCACAUGAGGAAUGACUAAGUCUCAAAUUUAAUCUGAAGUAUUUCAGACUGCAGAAAAAAUAUGUUCAAAUUUAGAUAGGUCCUGAGGAUAUUAUCCUAUGGUUUUCUUUCUGAAUCUCUUACAGUGUAAAGUAUGACAGUUUUACAUUUCAUGUUUAAAGCUAUGACCAAUUUUAAACCAAUAUUUGUACAAAUGUGAAGUUUUGGUGGAGGUUCUUUCAUAUUUUUUUCCCUGGUAUGGGAAAUCAGUUGCUAGGGUAUCAUUUUUCAAAUUCUUUAUCCAUCCAGUUUCCUUGGUACCUUGUCAGACUCAGUUGGAAGUACUUGUGUGGGGGCUGCUUCUGGGUUUUCUGUUUUGUUUCUUUGACCCGUAUGUCUUACUCCACAGACAUCACAGUCUUGAUUACUUUUUACCAUGUUAGAAGUCUUGAAUGAGAGUAACUCCAAACAAUUUAUUCUUCUUCAGAUGUUUUUGCUAUUCUAGUUCUUUCCAUGUAAGUUUUAGAAAAAUCCUGUUUGUUCGUACAAAAUAUCUUGAUAGAAAAUGUCUUAUCAGUUUGCAAUCAUUUGACAGCGUUUCUGUGUUACGCCUUCCAAUAAAUGGCUGUUGUAUGUCUUUA